AGAGUCAUAAGACCACGACAUCACGUGAUCCGUUGUUGCGCUAUAAAGCCAUCAGCGUGCUGUGCCUCUCAAGUUGUUUAUUUCCGCCAAGUGGGUUUUUUGGGGAGUGAGGCACACAUUUCAAAGAGAACGACAGCCAGCAGACAAAAGACAGAAUGUGGCGGCUGGCUUUCCUGUGCGUGGUCUCAGCCCUUUCGGUUAGCUGGGCUCGACCUCGCCUAGCUCCCCUCUCCCAUGAGAUGGUAAACUUCAUCAAUAAAGCAAACACUACUUGGAAGGCUGGACACAACUUCCGUGAUGUAGACUACAGCUAUGUGAAGAGGCUGUGUGGGACACUGCUGAAAGGACCGAAACUCCCCGUCAUGGUACAGUAUGCUGAUGACCUCAAGCUCCCCGCUAACUUUGACCCCAGAGAGCAGUGGCCCAACUGCCCCACUCUUAAAGAGAUCAGAGACCAGGGUUCUUGCGGUUCAUGCUGGGCAUUUGGUGCUGCUGAAGCCAUAUCUGACAGAAUCUGCAUCCACAGCAAUGCCAAAGUGAGUGUGGAGAUCUCCGCUCAGGACCUGCUUACCUGCUGUGACCGCUGUGGCUUUGGAUGUGACGGUGGAUACCCCUCAUCUGCUUGGAAUUUCUGGAGCUCUGACGGUCUGGUCAGCGGUGGACUCUAUAACUCCCAUAUUGGCUGCCGUCCAUACACCAUUGAACCCUGUGAGCAUCAUGUGAAUGGCAGUCGCCCUCCUUGUACCGGAGAGGGUGGAGACACUCCUAACUGUGAUAUGUCCUGUGAAGCUGGAUACAGCCCCUCUUACAAGGAGGACAAACACUUUGGGAAAACAUCCUAUAGUGUCCCAUCUAAUCAGAAGGACAUUAUGAAUGAGCUCUUUAAGAACGGCCCAGUAGAGGGAGCUUUCACGGUCUACGAGGACUUCCUGCUGUAUAAAUCAGGUGUAUAUCAGCAUGUGAGUGGAUCUGCACUAGGGGGUCAUGCCAUUAAGAUCCUGGGCUGGGGAGAGGAGAAUGGUGUCCCCUACUGGCUUGCUGCUAACUCUUGGAACACUGACUGGGGUGAUAAUGGAUAUUUCAAGAUUCUCCGAGGUGAGGACCACUGUGGCAUUGAAUCUGAAAUUGUGGCUGGAAUCCCAAUGUAACCAAAAACGGCAAGAGGAGGGCUGAAAUGAGUACCGUUCAAUUUAGACAUUGAACAUCUUCAACUUUAAACUGACUGCCACUGUCUAUGGCCAUGAUACAUGAUGCAUUUAUUGUUAAUCACGGAGUUUUUAUAAAAGGGAUCCUUGAUCAGGUAUGUUUUAGAACUGGAAUGACAAUAAGGCACUGCAGAAUGUAAACCGGUCCGGGUCAUUGGGUCAAUUUUGGAUCAGUUUUAGAAUUUCAGCACAACUAUGCAUCAGCCAUAUUUUUCCAGUAUGUUUGACUUUUAAAAUGAGCUUAUUUAGGUUGAAUGGUUUUUAAUUGAUUUGUUUUAAUGCACUGUCUAAUGUAAUAAAUACUAAAAGUAU